AACUUCUUCUUCAGUUUGGACAGCACCUUUAUGAUCUAAAUGGUUCAAGAAAGAACAGACAUGACUACAUAAGGCAAAGGCUUAGGGAACUUGGGCGACUGCUGCUUAUAGCUCAGAAGAAUACCCCCAUUCAAAAGGCAGAGGAACUGAUUUAUCCUGCAAACUUCAACCAUUUGAUAUCUGCAGUGAAAGAGGUGGCUGGGUACAAUCCUGAAAGAAAUACGUUCCAGAAACCUACCUUAGCUCUAAAAAUUGGCAACAAUCUGGGAAUUAUCUGUGAGCUUGUAGAGACUGACAAUUUGUCCUCAGAAGACGGAGACUCAAGCCUUGUGCAAUUUGCCAGAGAAUUUAAGGCUAUCAAAAAUUUUAGAUGGAAGGGACUGAUCACCAGAGGUGCAACAACAACCAUGAAGGAGUCUAAGUGGAAUGCACCACAGAUUUUACCUUUAACAGCUGAUGUCAAAUGCUUGGAUCGCCAUAUGGAGACUGUUAAAAGCGGUGCUGAAAGAAUGCUGAGGUUGACUCCAACUCCAUACAGCUAUGCAAUGCUUGCCAAAGUGACACUAGCUCAAGUGAUCAUUUUUAACAGAAGAAGAGAAGGAGAGGUAUCAAGAAUGGAGGUGUCCACCUUUAAAGACAGAAAAAAGUCCGAAAUCAAUAUGGACAUGGCUGCUUGUCUGACCUCACUUGAGAAAAAAAUGUGUGAUUUCUUCACCAGAGUAGAAAUCCGUGGAAAACGAGGGAGAGGAGUUCCUAUUCUCCUAAAACCAUCAAUGGUCUCUGCAAUGGAGCUCCUUGUGGAAACUCGUGAAUCUUGCGGCGUCCCCAAAGAGAACAUUUACAUGUUUGCUAGACCAGGAGCUUUAUCUGCCUAUCGAGGAAGAGACUGUAUCCAAAUGUUUGCAAAGGAGAGUGGAGCAAAACACCCUGAAAUCUUAACAUCAACAAGGCUCCGAAAACAUAUCGCAACAAUGUCGCAGGUGCUUAAUCUUCAAGAAAAUGAAGCAGAUCAACUAGCAGACUUUCUGGGUCAUGACAUACGUGUGCACAGGCAGUAUUACCGCUUGCCUCAAGGAACACUUCAGCUUGCUAAGAUGAGCAAAUUACUUUUGGCACUGGAGAACGGAACUGUUUCACAUUAUAAAGGCCAAACACUUGAUGAUAUUGAAAUUGACCCCGAAGAAAAAAUUGAUCUGGAAAAUUCAGAUAACUCAAGCGAUGAGAGUGAGCCUCUUCAAUCGGCUCUGGAGGCAAUAAAAACACCAGAGAAUGAGACAACGGAUCAGGAUGGAGACAGAGGGCCAUGGACUUCUUCAUCUCCAGGGACGUCUUCAUCUCCAAGGACUUCUUUCAGUCCUUCCUUGAAAAAGGGCAACCGAAGUAACGCCAAAUGUAAGUGGGAAGAUCAUGAGGUACGUGCAGUUGAAAAACACAUGAUGCGUUUCAUCAACACAUGCAAGUUGCCUCAGAAGCUGGACUGCACUCAAUGCAUCAAUGCAGAACCAUAUGCACUGAAAGACAGAAACUGGACUGGGGUAAAAAAUUAUGUUAGAAAUCGCAUUACUGCCUUAAAAAGAAAAGCUUGUGCAAAGGACUGAGGGCUGUUUGUGAUUUCACUGAGUUAAAAUUUCCUGUUUCUCUGGUAAAAUGGUUCUGAAGAUGUUUUGAAGACGUUGCACUCCAAAAAUUUCAGGUUCAGUAAGCAGGUGUAAGUUUGUUUCCUAAAACCUUUUGUCAUUCUGAGAGGAAAAAACAAAUCUUUUCAAGUUGACAUUUUUUUCUUAACAUGGUUUUCAUUGUGUCCACUUCGCACUGCAUGAGAUAUAUUUGGAAUCAAAGUUUUUUACAUUUGCAGGUAGAAGCACUUAAUGAAUUGUGCAGAUAUUUUGUUGUUUCUUUGUUGCUGCAAGUUCCUGUGUAUACAUGAAGUGCAUGUAAAGUGCUAAAAACAACACUGUAGAAAUAAAAGAAGCAGAAUA